UGGGGAAGGGGGGGCUUGGGUUGAUCGUAGUGGGUCAAGCCAUGUAUCCACGCGGUUGCCAGACCCCCGCUGGAGCUCAGCCCUUCCUCUCCUUCCUUCCUUCCUCCUCUUCCUACUUCCAACUUCCAGCCCAGAACCAAAAAAAAAAAAAACAACAACAACCUACUCACACGAAAUCGAAAACAUACAUCCGAACACACUCCUAAAUCAAUCCCAAGAACAAAAAGAACAAGAACAGAUGGCCGAACACGCAGAAGAUCUCAUUGACUACGACGAGGACGAUGCCGGCGUCGCCCCCUCUGCUGCCGUCACAUCCACCACUAAUGGCGCUGCCGCCCCGCUAAAUGGAAAAGACCAGAAGGGCUCCUACGUCGGUAUCCAUUCCACCGGGUUCCGCGAUUUCUUGUUGAAACCCGAGCUAUUGAGAGCGAUCAGUGAUCUCGGUUUCGAACACCCUUCCGAAGUCCAACAGGAAUGUAUUCCGCAAGCGAUUCUAGGGAUGGAUGUAUUAUGUCAAGCCAAGUCAGGAAUGGGUAAGACUGCGGUAUUUGUGACAGCGACGCUGCAACAGAUGGACCCGAAGGAAGGCGAGGUGUCGAUGUUGGUGCUAUGUCAUACGCGUGAAUUGGCCUAUCAGAUCAAGAACGAGUACGCCCGGUUCAGCAAGUACAUGCCCGACAUCAGGACGGCGGUGGUCUAUGGUGGGAUCCCGAUCAAACAGGAUGCCGAGAUGCUCAAGGCCAAGGACAAAUGUCCCCAUAUCCUCGUCGGCACGCCUGGCCGUUUGAACGCCCUCGUACGCGACGGCUUGUUGAAGUGCAACACCGUCAGAACUUUCGUCCUCGAUGAAUGUGAUAAGAUGCUUGAAUCCGUCGAUAUGCGUCGGGACGUUCAACAAGUCUUCUUGGCCACUCCCCAUGCCAAACAAGUGAUGAUGUUCAGUGCUACAUUGAGCAAAGAGAUCCGCCCGGUCUGUAAAAAGUUCAUGCAGAACCCGCUGGAGAUAUAUGUUGAUGAUGAGGCCAAACUGACCCUCCAUGGGCUUCAACAACACUUCGUCAAGAUCGACGAAGCUGCCAAGAACCGCAAACUGAACGAUUUAUUAGACACUCUUGAGUUCAACCAAGUUUGCAUCUUUGUCAAGUCGGUCUCCAGGGCCGUCCAACUCGAUCAGCUCUUGCGUGAUUGUAACUUUCCCUCGAUUGCCAUUCAUUCUGGAUUGGGCCAAGAAGAACGUAUCGAUCGGUACAAACAGUUCAAGGCAUUCGAGAAACGAAUCUUGGUUGCGACGGAUAUCUUCGGACGUGGGAUCGAUGUCGAACGAGUGAAUAUCGUGAUCAAUUACGAUACUCCUGGAGAGGCUGAUUCCUAUCUCCAUCGAGUAGGACGGGCCGGUCGGUUCGGGACGAAGGGAUUGGCAAUCACGUUUGUCUCGAGCGAGGCUGACCAAACGGUCUUGGACGCUAUCCAAUCGAGAUUCGAGGUGGCAAUCACCGAGCUACCUGAUCACAUCGAGGCUAGCUCCUACAUGAAUGCUUGAGUUAGUUCUUUUGUGACUCUCUCAAAAAAAAUACUCUCUAUAAUACAUACAUGCCUGUUCCUUCUUCUUGAGAACUCAACCUCUACCCUCUCCUGCCCUUCCUCUCUCUUUUUUUUCCUAUACAUAUUGAAAAAAAAAGAAGAAUACUCUCUGUCUCUCAUAACAGUCCCCCCCCCACCCCCCACUCUCUCACAUACAUAUAUAUAUAGCUUCUCAUUGUUUGGUUUUGGUUUGGUUCCUGAAGAGAAACGAAAAGAAAUUGCAACGAAAUCGCAAAGAGAAAAAAAAACAAAAAAACAAAAAAAACAAUAUAUAAAGAGACAAAACAAAGAAAGUGUGUGGAUGGAUGGAUGGAUGGAAGGUUGUCUUGGUUGGUCGAGUAUAAAAAACGGGUAUCUGUUCUUGCUGGGAUCUUUGUCUGACAAUAAAUAGAUAAAUAAGGUUUGGCGGUCCACAGGAUCUGUGUCCUUGUAACUUCCUUUUCAAUGCCCUCGAAUUACGAUGUUGUUGAUUCUGGCAUAUAGUGCGAAAAAAGUGGUAGCUGC